AUGAAAGUCAUAACACAUAAGCGCCUACUCGGUCUUGAGCGGAUUGCAUAUCUGACUCCAAUGGCAGAAAAUUGCAAAAUCGAAUCCUGUACUAGUGGUAUUACUUCCGCGACUUCCCUUCCACUCUCCAAAUCUUGUUCGCGCUCUGGAGCUGGUCAUACUGGAACUUAUGCUUCCACUGCCGUGAGUGACUUCGACCAUGGCCAGGCGAUUAUUCGACACCUAGUUCGCGAGCGUCUAGUCAACCUGUUUUCUGACCCUGUCAAUUUGGUGCGUCGUAGUCUAAUGGAAACGGGAGGCCUCAUCAAGUUAGCUGGAUUUCUAGGCCGGUCUUGGACCAAUGACACUUUGCUUUCUCACAUGGUUACCUUUCUCAACGAUAAGAAUGAUCCCGGUCUCCGUGCUGCCUUCUUCCAGCAAAUUGGCCCUCUUGCUUGUUUGGCUGGGUCUCAGUGUGUCGCUGUGCUUCGGCCUUUACUUGAACAGGGCUUACUCGACCCCUCUGAAUGUGUACUUGAGGCCUGUCUCCACGCUCUGACACACCUUCUAUACCGUCGGCUUCUAGGGCCGGUCUACUCUUUGUCCUUCCUUAACCAAUGCCUUUGCCUAACAUCUCAUCCCACAAUGCGCAUCCGACAAGCUGCUGUUGCCUUUAUUGCACUCACUACCAGACAGGCUCUCGGCCCUUUGCUCGGCUCGGGUGAUUGCGGUAAGUGGUUUUUGGUAAAAUAUUCCCACCUUUGCAAACAACUUUAG